AAGAUCUCAAAACCAUGGCUGGUGCUGUUGUUGUAAGUGGCUGGAUAAAGGUUCCAUAUGCUGGCUCCGAUGAUAAUGUUGGGAGUGAAGACAGUGAUGAUGAUGAUGAUCCUGAGGAAAUGGUCUUGGACUACCAUCAGAUGGAUCAAGACCGGACUUUUACCCAUUCAAGAACUCCAAAAGAAAUAAGAUUGGUGAUUGAAAGCUGGGAUAAAAAGCAUCAUAAAUGCCGUGGAAGGUUUCCCUUAACUCAGAUUUACUGGACUGUGAAAGCGAAGAUGUCCAAGGGCUGGCUGCGGUCAGCUCCAGUGUACUCCAUCCGUACUUCUGGCGUUGUUUCUAAAAACAACAUGGUCAUGCUUUUCCUAGAUGACUGCUUGAAGAAGGCUUCUAAGGACAUCAGGAACGGAACAAAGGCUUGCUUUGAUGCUUUUUGUAGUCACACUCAGCCUCAUGGGAAGCAGGAUGUUAAGGACUUGGAAAGAAAACUCAAGCAGUACUUAACAGCAGAAAAAGAGAGGUGCUGCUUGGUCCAUGCGCAAUCCUCAGCAUCUGGGAAGUGGCAGCCUCAGGAUCAUGGUGUCCACAUUGAGAAAUAUGUUUUCAAAAGUGAGCUUGGUGCUACUGUCCUGAAGGCCGUGAGCCACCCACAGUUGGUGGCCAGUCUGUGUGAACUCCUUCCCAAUGCUUUCCAGUCUGUGCUCCUCAAGUUAAAGAGCAGCUGUUUGGAUCUAGCUCAAGAUAUGGCGUUGAAUACUCCGUGGGAAUUUGGAUUUAGAGAGAUAAUUUCCCAGAAGCUUCAUAUUUUGGGGACUGAGGCAUCCCUGUCGUCUUAUGAUAAAGCUGGAUACUUAUCCCGCAUUCCACAAAUGGAGAAAGAUGCUUUGUUUAUCUACGAGGUGUUGAAAACGGACGGUCGCAAAUAUGGGCACUUCUUCAGUAGUCUGCGGCAGCUGAAAAUGUCGGCUCACUUCCAUACACUCAAAUACGUAAUCAGUGGGGAGCAGAGAUGGACUGCUGCCUUAGAUUAUCUGGAAGUCCACAAGGUGGUGAAAGUGGAGACGUUUGACUGUGAUAAGAACGUAUUCCUCUACCAGAACUGGAAAGCUGAGGUGGAUGUUGCUGAUGGAAUUCUGGAGGUGAUGGAGAAGCAUAAACGCGAACCCCUUCGCUGGAGAAUCAAUUUCAACAGCGCUGAUGAUUUUAAAGCUAUGCGCAGUGACCAGACCCAAAUGAAAGCCUUACACCUGAUGUCCAGUCUGCCCGUCACGGUGCUGUCGGGGCGCGGUGGCUGCGGCAAAACAACAGUGGUCACCACACUCCUGCAACACCUGUGUGAAAUGAAGAGGCGGGAGUUGGAGGAAACAACAGAUGAGGAGAGUGUACUCAGUCAAAAUGUCGAGCUAGGUUCACAGAGUGAUGACGACAGAGAUUUGUUUGCUUCCUCAAACGUUUCGAGAAUACCAAACACGUUUCCUCAGACUGACUCAGGCCAGACUUCAGGAUAUCAUGUUACAAAGUUGGCCACAGCUCGUGAUGCCAAACACAAGGGGUGGAGCAGUCAGGUCGCAGGUCGGUCAUUUGUGUCUGAGAAUAACGAUGCUCAAACUACCAGCGAGACUGGGAAGAGCAGUGAAGUGGGAGAUGGUUCGAUGACAGGUCGCCUGAAAAGUGAUUGGGCCUCCGAGCCUGGGGACAACAGCUGCUACCGAGCAGGACUAAAGAAAGCGGUUGUGUGUGAUCUGAUGAAAAAUUUGAAGCAGAUGAGGCCAGAAGACUGCGGAGAAGUGAAGAAAUUUAAACAAAAAAUCCUGCUGACGGCCCCAACAGGCAAAGCGGCACGACUGUUGGGCUGCAAAGCGAGGCUGCCGUCUGCCACCCUGCACAGCGUUAUCGUGAGCAGGCAAAACUAUCUGCAGAAAAAGUCUACACCCACACCGGAUGAUGAAGAAGCGGAGAAGUCGUGGAAGUUUGAGAAUGUGGAGAUCCUGGUGGUUGAUGAGUGCAGCCUGGUCUCUGUGUGUCUGUUUGCGACUAUUCUGAACAUUCUGCUCAGGCAUGCCCGGCUGAGAAAGCUCAUCCUCCUGGGAGACGUGCGCCAGCUGCCAUCUAUCGGACCGGGGAACUUCCUACAGGACAUGUUCAGUAGUCUCCGCAACAUGGGCCCUCAGUUUGGCUUCAGCAUGGAGCUCACCCAGAACCACCGCUCCGAGUCCAGGCUCAUCGUGGAGAAUGCUGGACUCAUCUCGAGGCGUGAGCUCCCGACCUUUGAUGAUCGACAGGGAUUCCAUUUCAUAGAGAUAUCAAACGAAGGAGAUGACAAUGAACGUGAUCAAAUUAUCCGAGAACUCCUGACCGGGUGCUGGGAUAUGAAGGACCAUGUUCAAUCUCAGUUUGUCACUUUCAGAAACAACCACUGCAAGGCCAUCAAUGAACUGUGUUGCCUGCACUACAACUCUCACUCCAUCACUGUACCCAGCUUCUCCGGACGCAAAGAGCGCUUUGACUUCCAGAUUGGCGACAAGAUAUGUCUAAAGAAAAACAACCUUGUGACCAAUCAUCGCGCACGGCUUCUCUCGUAUGCAGAGACUUUUCCCGAGUUGCAAGAGGCUUUCAGCGAUGCGUCUAGGGGAGGGAAAAGCAAAAGCUGUCCUUCCUAUCAACCAUCCUCGUCUUCAAAUGUAAAGAUGACAAGCGGAGCAAUGAAAGAACCUAGAAAGGUGAUGCUGGACGACUCCGCUGUGGCUGAGUUGAUGGCUGGAGAAGACGAGAUGUUUGAGCAGACGUUAGCAGAGAUGAGGUCACGGGAGGAGGAAGCAGUGGAGGAGAGACGUCGUGCGGAGCAGAACAGAGGGGCCAAACAGCUCGACGGGAGGGAGAGGUCGAGACAAGGGAAGACAGGACAUGACGUCCCCACCAAGUCCACAGACCCGGAGAAGAAGGUGAGAUUUCCGAGACUGACCAGCAAGGAGGACAGGUCAGCAGGUUGCUGGUUCUGUCUGACCGCGACCCGCUUUUGCCGCGCGUGGUGUGUGUAGCGCUGCAGGAGCUGAGGAGGCAGUGCAGGAUGCAGCACUCGUGGGCACGCACAAUACACACCUACCAGGGCUCAGAGUCGGAGACGGUCGUGUACGUCCUUGGCCCAGCCAUCCCCCAGAACUGGCAGCACGUGUACACGGCCGUGACGCGCGGACGCAGGUCUGUCUUCAUCAUCGGCAAGUGGUCCCAGCUGUGUGUGGCCGUGAAGAGAAAGCCGAACCUUCGCCAGACGCGCCUGUGCCAGCGACUCAAAAACGCUGUGAGGGAAAACAGCAGCCUCAUCGAGUUCUGCUUGAAAGAAUAUCGGAGGAGCCUGGGACUUAUUCCAGAGUCUUCACCUCAAGACGAGGACUUCAGCUCUAAUGACAGCUGGGUACACAGCUGUCCGCUUCCGGAAGAACCGAAUAGUCAACCCUCUUGCUCACAUCAAACUGCUGGUUCUUCCUCUCAGACAAUCCGAGAGGGGGGGGAGGACGAUUUCAGCUCUGACGAGAGCUGGGUGCAUGAAAUUCAGGACUCGUUGGAGGGGCGUGAGGAGGAGGAGUUUUGCACUCCAGCGUUGACGGCAACGAGCAGUUUUCUCCCUUCGCAGAACACCCAGGAAGAGCAGUUCAGUGGUGAUGUGGAUGACAGUUGGGUUCACUCCACCGGGGAGAUGCAUGAUGAGUCGGAUGGUACCUUUCGAGUAUCCGCUCAAAAAUCGCAAUCUGAGAUCAGCACGCAACGCUCUGAGACUGAACAGGGAGUAAGAGACGAUGUAAGUACGUCACCGAAUGACCUUGAGCGUGAUGGGAGACCAGACAGUGGCACCAUCGGCCAUGACAGUAACGGAGAGUGGAUGAGUAGUCAUGGUGUCGGCGCGCAAGCUUUUGAUGAGGAUGGAGACUUGUUCGAUGCAGACAAUGCUCGGCUAUGGAAAAUGAACAGUACUCCUCAUUCACUCGCUGAUGAUAAGCUUUCCGACAGUGAUGACGAUUUGUUCGACAAAACUGGGAAAAGUGCCGAAUAUCUUCAGAAACAGUGUAGUGCUCCUGGCUCACAGUCCUUUAACCCAUCUGUAGUCAAGGUCAACCGUGGUACAGUUGCCAAUAGUGACGAUGAGUUUGUCGGUGAAAAUGAUGUUGAUGAAUUAAGAGAUGAAAAUGAUGUUGAUGUUGAUGAGUUUAAAGAUGAAAAUGAUGUUGAUGAGUUAAGAGAUAAAAAUGAUGUUGAUGUUAAUGAGUUAAGAGAUGAAAAUGAUGUUGAUGUUGAUGAGUUAAGAGAUGAAAAUGAUGUUGAUGAGAAAAGAGACAAAAAUUAUGAUGAUGAUGAUGAUAUCGUGUCGACCCCGCCAUUUGGUCAUUAUGUUACCAAAAAGUCUCCCGGAGAAGAACAUGGCAAGGCCACAGACUCGGGCCCCGGAGCGGAUUUUGCCGAAAUGGAGACCGGGGGGAUGAGCACACCGCCGAGAAAUGAAGGAACUUACUCUCCCUCACCGAGACGAACGAUCUCAACAACAGCUCACGCCGCCGUGGGUCAUCGGUUCGUCGGGACCCCACGGAGACGAGCUAGGCGACAGUCGGGUGACUUUGAAACCCCUAGCCCUCCCAAGCAGCGCCGUGUUGUCAGCACUCCGCCAAAUCCGGGUACCCCGUUUCGAGAUGCUUUCACCUGGUCUGUGACUGUGAAUAGCAGUAGAAAACGGUCUGUUCCUUCGGAUAGUGAGGAUGGGGAGAUGGGGUCUUUUUCGGUGAAUAAGACUGAAGAAAUUUCUGUGACUGUGAGUAGUGGGGAAAAGAGGUCUUGUCAAGAGAAUAGUACUGAAAAAAUAUCUGUGACUGUGGAUAGUAAUAGUGGAGAGAGGUCUGUUCCUUUGAAUAGCGGGGAACAAAGGUCUUGUCAAGAGAAUAAUGCAGAAGAAAUGCCAAUGACCGUGAACAAUACUGAAGAAAUGUCUGUGACUGUGAAUGAAACAGAAGAAAUGUCUGUUCCUUCGAAUAGUGGGGAACAGGGGUCUGUUCCAGAGAAUAGUACUGAAAAAAUGUCUGUGAAUGUGAAUAUAGUACUGAAGAGAGGUCUGUAACUGUGAAUAAUAUGCUGAAGAUGUCUGUGACUGUAAACAGUACUGUAGAGAUGAUGUUUGUGACUGUGAAUAGUAGCAUUGAAGAAAUGUCUGUAACUGUGAAUAGUAAUAAUAAUAAUAGAUAGCAUUUGCAUUGCGCAAUCCCCUCUCAACAGCCAUCUCUAUGCGCUUCACAAUCUAUACUAUUACCCCAGCAGACCUGAGAACAUUCUGAAACAACUUCCUGGGAAACAUACUGUGCAAGCAGCCAGGUAUAGGCGCUAAAACACUAGUAGUAAAGAGAGAUUUAUUAACUGUGAAUAGUACCAUAGUAAAGAGAUGUCUGUAACUGUGAAUAGUGAUAAAAAGAGAUGUAUGUAUGCCCCUUGAAGAAACAAGGAGGGCAUGCUGAAAGUGAAAAUAAGACAUUCGUUAUAAUUCAAAGGCACAUUUUGGUGCUUUGUGUGAAUAUUCCUAGUCACUCUUUGGCGCUGAUCAAUGGUGGCCAGGUGUGUUUGCUUGGCUCUGUGCUUCUGUAAUUGCAUUUUCUCCGUUCUUCUGCUCGUAUCUCUACCGUAACCUUUUGAUCCCUCGCCACCAGUGUCACGGAGAGCCCGUAAAACUGCCCUUAUGCCUAGCCACGGGUACAGUGGUGUGCGAGACCCUACCUAUCCCCAAAACCGGCCAGCCUGAAAAAAAACGCGCACGGGAAACCAUGAUCACUACGCAGGAUGUUACUGAUUAUUUUGAAGGUCUUUCUGUAUUAGAUGCUGGAGGACUUACCUUGAGUGGGAUAUAUGAAAUGUACAUGGCGCUGCACAGUGGCGACCGACAGUGGCAUGGUUGUAAACUGUUCUGUAUUUGUGUAAUAUUGUGUAUU